CUGACGGGGGGAAUCGGGUUCAUCCACCACAACUGCACCCCGGAGUUCCAGGCCAAUGAAGUGCGGAAGGUGAAGAAAUACGAGCAAGGAUUCAUCACAGACCCUGUGGUGCUGAGCCCCAAUGACCGAGUGCGAGAUGUAUUUGAAGCAAAAGCUCGUCACGGAUUCUGUGGAAUUCCCAUCACGGACAAUGGGAAGAUGGGGGGAAAGCUGGUUGGCAUCAUUUCAUCUCGAGAUAUUGAUUUCCUGAAAGAGUCGGAGCAUGACUUGCCGCUCGGCGAGAUUAUGACAAAGCGGGAGGAUCUUGUUGUGGCCCCGGCUGGUGUAAUGCUGAAAGAAGCGAAUGAGAUUCUGCAAAGGAGUAAAAAAGGCAAGCUGCCAAUUGUUAAUGAAGAUGACGAGCUGGUGGCUAUAAUUGCACGCACUGAUCUCAAGAAGAACCGGGACUACCCUCUGGCUUCUAAGGAUUCCAAGAAGCAGCUGCUCUGUGGUGCUGCUAUUGGGACCCACGAAGAUGACAAGUAUCGGCUGGACCUCCUGGUGCAGGCUGGCGUGGAUGCAGUAGUGCUGGAUUCCUCUCAGGGGAACUCCAUCUUCCAGAUCAAUAUGAUAAAAUAUAUUAAGGAGAAAUAUCCCAACCUACAAGUUAUUGGAGGAAAUGUUGUGACUGCUGCUCAGGCCAAGAACCUCAUUGACGCAGGGGUUGAUGCCCUGAGAGUCGGCAUGGGCAGUGGCUCCAUCUGCAUCACGCAGGAAGUGCUGGCGUGCGGCCGCCCCCAGGCCACGGCAGUAUACAAGGUGUCCGAAUACGCCAGGAGAUUUGGCGUCCCCGUGAUUGCAGACGGAGGGAUCCAGACGGUUGGGCACAUUGCAAAGGCCCUCGCACUGGGGGCCUCCACAGUGAUGAUGGGCUCUCUCCUGGCUGCCACCACAGAGGCCCCAGGCGAGUACUUCUUCUCGGAUGGAAUUAGGCUGAAGAAAUACCGUGGCAUGGGCUCACUAGAUGCCAUGGACAAAAACUUGGGCAGCCAGAACCGGUAUUUCAGUGAGACAGAUAAAAUCAAAGUGGCCCAGGGGGUCUCCGGUGCAGUGCAGGACAAGGGCUCUAUCCACAAGUUCAUUCCGUACCUGAUUGCUGAAGAUAUUGGUGCCAAGAGCCUGACCCAAGUCCGAGCCAUGAUGUACUCUGGAGAACUGAAGUUUGAGAAGAGGACGACAUCUGCCCAGGUGGAAGGAGGGGUGCAUGGCCUCCACUCGUAUGAGAAGCGCCUCUUCUGAAGGAGGUCUGUCUGUUUCCGUCAUCGUGCCACUCAGCCCUGUGCCACCCCGCGCGGGAGCUGCUCUUGCUGCAGAAGUGCCAUUACGCUGUGGGCUGCCUGGAGCUCCCUCUGUCCCUUGGCUGCUUCAUCCCCACCCAAGAGGGCCUACCUACCACCCAGGCGCAGUGAUCCUGGCUGGCACCUGGAGCCUUGCACGCAUUGGUCGUGUUUUACAAUAAAAGAGGAAAAGAUGUGCAA